AUGGCAGGUGAGUCUCACUUUUUUUCGUUAUUAAAUUUUAUUUGUUAUGUUGGAAACUUUUUAAUGAAGGAUUGGGCAGCUGAAAACUGUUGUUUGCAAUAUCGUGCUCCUGAAUUAUUUCAUAUUGAAACGAACAGUAUAAUAACGGAAAAAGCAGAUAUAUUCUCAUUGGGUGGUAUUUUGUAUGCAAUGCUUUUUGGACGAGGACCAUUUGAUGAUGUCUAUUCUCGAGGAGAUAGUGUAGCUUUAGCUGCUACAUCUGGAGUAAUUGAUAUACCUAAAAGUCAAGCAUUAACUUAUCCAAAGGAAAUUGUUGAGUUCAUGUUAGUCAUGUUGCAAACGGAUGCUGAAAAACGACCUGGUAUAUCUGAAGUUAUUGAACAUUUUAAGGAUUUAUCAUGUUUUACUAUGGAUCAAGUAUAA